AUGUCAUUCGACUCAAGGAAUGAUGGAUGUUUUGGACAAAGUCAGCACGCGAAUGUGUAUCGCUCGCUAGCUGUGAUGGAAUGUUCCGACGAAAAUCAUGUUGAAGAGAUAAAUCAAAGGUACGCCCUUGAAGAACGUAUAUCGAGGGUGAACAAUGAAGGACAGGAAAAAGAAAAGGUUGAAGACAAAGGACGGAACGAAUACACGAUGUAUCUGUCCGAUAUUACGGAUUAUCACCGACUAUUAUGUAUUAUCACCGAUUAA